CGUCCUCCAAGUUCCUAUACCCUCCUCCGCCAUGGCCGCCCGCUUCUUCACCUGGCUCAAGUCCCCCGCUGCUCGCGAAUACUUCUUCAGCACGCACUUCUGGGGACCGGUCGCCAACUGGGGUCUGCCCCUGGCUGCCUUGGCCGACCUUAGGAAGGAUGAGGAAGUCAUCUCGGGCGCGAUGACGACCGCCUUGGCGUCGUACUCCCUGGUGUUCAUGCGCUUCGCAUGGCGCGUACAACCGCGGAAUUACCUCCUCUUCGCCUGUCACGCGACGAAUGCGACCGCGCAAACCGUCCAGCUCGGUCGUUUCUCCAACUACUGGUACUUCGGCGGCAGGGACAAGCAGCUCGCGGACAAGCCCGUCGCCGAGAAGGUCGUAGAGGCCGCGCAGGACGCCGUAAAGACCGUCGUACCAAAAUGAACACUCCCCUUCCCAGCUCUGCCCUGGGGCGGACUGCCUGCUGCUUGCUUGUACCGCGCGCCUGCUCCUAAUAUAACUUACCAUAAUCG